AAUAACAACUAAACGACUUGAACCACAUGAAAAUUACGUAAUUUCUAGGAUAUGCGGCUAGCGGCUGGUCCUUUCUUCACGAAUCACGGAGACUUGAGUGAGUGAUUUGGGGGCAUCAUGGCUCUAGGAUUUCUCAGAAGCGGGUUGCGCAGACCAUGGAUGACAUUAUCUCUUCUGGGUGGAGCUGGAGGGGCAGGUGUUGCCAUAGCUACAGACAGAGGCUACAUUGACUGGUCAUCAGUGGGCGUAGUCAGAUUUGGUCGAGCAUUUUUUUCAGCUGGUGCAAUUGUAGUGGACUAUAAAUGGAACAUGAGGGGAAAGGAAUCAGGCUCUCCAGAUUACAGGGAGAUGAUGUCAACGAUCCACAAGAGAUCUGCUGAGAGACUACACAGACUGUGUUGUAAGAAUGGAGGAAUCUUCAUCAAGUUAGGUCAACAUGUUGGAGCUCUUGAUUAUCUAUUGCCUGAGGAAUAUGUCAGUACGAUGAAGGUCUUACAUAACGACGCCCCACAGUCGUCUCUCAAGGACAUUAAGAAGGUUGUUGCAGAGGACUUGGGGGUUCUGGCUGAUGAUCUGUUCAGUGAGUUCUCUGAAGAACCUGUUGGUACAGCUUCUUUAGCCCAGGUCCACACUGCACUUCUCAAGGAUGGUACCAUGGUGGCUGUCAAAGUACAGCAUCCUAACGUCAAAUCAUACUCGGAGGUGGACAUGAGUACAGUUGAGUUUCUGCUGAAUGCUGUUGCUCGAAUCUUCCCAGAAUUUGAGUUGCUCUGGCUGGCACAAGAAAUGAGAGAAAAGCUUCCGAUAGAGUUGGACUUCGUCCAAGAAGGCAAGAAUGCAGAAAAAGUGGCUAAAAUGCUGAAACAUUUCAAAUUCCUAAAGGUUCCAGGCAUUUAUUGGAAACACUCUACAUCAAGAGUAUUAACCAUGGAGUACUGUAAUGGAGGAAAAGUAGAUAACAAGGAAUACAUGGAUCAGAUGGGCAUUGAUGUAAACCAGAUCACCAAGAACUUGGGCAAGAUGUACAGUGAGAUGAUAUUUGUGAAUGGCUUUGUUCACUGUGAUCCACAUCCUGGCAAUGUACUUAUACGACACAAUGACAAGAAAGAAGUAGAGAUUGUUCUACUAGACCAUGGUCUGUAUCAGACCCUGACAGAUGAAUUUCGUCUGGACUACUCUCGUCUGUGGCAGUCCAUCUUAGCAGCUGAUCUUGAGGGAAUCAAGCACUAUAGUAUGGCCCUAGGAGCUGGGCAGAUGUAUGGUAUCUUUGCUUGUAUGUUGACUGCUAGGUCAUGGGACUCACUGGCUGAAGGCAUCGACAAGAAAGAGAGGUCUGCUCAAGAGGAUCGUGAGGUUCGUGAGCAUGCAGCCUUGUACAUGUCAGAGAUCACUCAACUCCUUAACAUGGUACCAAGACAGAUGCUGCUCCUCCUCAAGACCAACGACUUACUACGUAGCAUAGAAUAUGCCCUGGGGAGCAGCGAAAAUGCUAGUUCAUUCAUCAACAUGUCUAGAUGCUGUGUGAGAUCCGUGGCUCAACAUGAGGCAUCACUAAGAAGCAGUAGAUGGGGGCGUCUACGUGUGCAUGUACGUCGGGACAUCAAGCUUUUCCAGAUAUCAGCGUAUGAGUUGUACCUGUGGUUAACAUGUACAUCUGUUGUAAGGUGGUUUAGAAGGACUUUGGGAGGUUUAACCCCUUCUCUGAUCAGUUGAUGAAGGCCUUGUGCUUUAGUUUCUUAGAUAGAAUUAUAUGAACUUUAUAUUUAUAUAUGUUUAUGAGACGUAUUAUAGAUAUUUAAGAGGCGUGCUUUUAUCAGGGAGUGAAAAGGGCAAUAAUGUACCUAUUUAAUGUAUAGUUGACAGUUGUCUUGCAUUCAAAGAUUGUUAUGUAAUGUGACAGAAGUUUAUGUAUUGAACGCCAUAACCCGAAUCAUGUAUAUCAUUUAAUAAUGCAGUUGAUGGCAUUUUAUCUUCUAGAGACAAAAGCCUUUGUUCUUUUAUUAUUGUGGAAUGACGCAUUUUGUAUAUAUAUACAAAAGAUGUAUAUACAUAUAUAUUAUUUUUUCAAAGUGAAAUGGGUUAAUAGUACAUGAGUUUGUGUAUUUUAAGUCCUUGUUAGCAUGAAUGCUGAUCUUGAUCUUCAGGUAGCACAAUACUGCAUCACUAGUACCUUUACCAACCAAAGUAAUCGGUCAGUAUUAUGAAUACUGGCAGAGGUUCGAAU